AACAAAAGUGAUAUCGUUUUUUAUUGUAUUCAAAAACAAGUUUUCACUGUUAAUUACUUUAGUUAAAAAGUCAAUAUUCAUACUGCUUGAAAAUGUUGUACAAUAUAAAAGUUACGAUUAUCAAUAAUAUACUUCAUUUUCUCAACAAAAAGAAACAAAAGAAGAGAAGAUAACUUCAAGAAAAGUAAUAGUACAGAACAGCCAUAGUUUAGAAAUACAAUUUGUUUUGUAGGAUGAUCGGCUCAAAGGUCUUUCUUUAUUUGGGCGGUUCUCAAAAGCUUAUUUCUCAAGGAUAAUUUUACUAGAAAUGAAUACUUACUGUCAAAAAUAAUUUUCCUUUAAUUCUUAUGGACUGAUUGAAGAAUUUAAAUUGCAAGCUAAUGUUUACAUCUAAAUAUAUGAUUAAUCUUUCUAGAAGGGAAAAUGUGAAAAAUGACGAAACGUUAAUAUGUCAAGAAAAAAUACAAGAUAAAGCCAAUAAAUACGAAAAAAAUCAAGAAGAUAAAAUGGAAAAUGUUGAUUAUAUUUUAGAAGAUUUUCAAAUGGAAUUGUCUAUGGAAUUAACGAAAAUAAGAGGAGAAAGGAGUAAGGAAUUGAAUAAUUUUCAUCAAAAUAUUAAUAAGCUUAUGUCGAUGAUUGAAAACAAGGAAAAUUCAUAUUUAUCCGAUAUUGAGAGAUUUUAUGAUGAAAAAGAAUUGAAAAUUGGAGAAAUAAAUCAAGAAAUUAACGACUUAAAAACUUGUGCAAGAAUUUUACCUUUUAAUUCUAUUAAAGAGAAAAUUUCGUAUAUGAAGAACAAACUUAAAUGUGAUAUUACAAAUAUCUUAUUUAAAGAUAAUUUCUUUGAAGCACACCAAUUUAUUAACGAAUUGAAAACUGGUACAGUUGUUCUGAAUAGAUUUAACGAAGAGAGAAUAGGUUUAAAUCUUGGUAGUAAAUCUUCUAGAAUCGGAAAUAGUCCUUUAUCUGUUACAAGUAUAGAAAGUAGUUUUGAAUAUUCAACGGAGUUGGAUGAAUAUCCAUCUAUUAUAGUAUCGAAUAACGACGGAUUCUAUGGUCUGACUAAGGAUGAGAUAAUUCAUCUUGAUACAAAAGAAGUAUUAUAUUACCCGCUGAAAGCUAUGGAUUUUAAUAUACGUGAUUUAACUGUAACAGAAAAAGGACAAAUAUGUUUUCUAUCAAGAAGGAAAGAUCAAUCCAAAUCAGAUUCUUAUAAUUACAUUAUUGAUACACUUGAUAAAAGUCCUCUAUUUUUACAUAUUGUAGGUCAUAACCAGUCUAUUCUAUUAAGUGAAAAAGUGGGUAAAACUGGAGAAAAUAUCUUUUGCUUUUUUCCAAAAAAUGAAAUAUUAAUACAUAACACUAACUUUAACUAUUUCUAUUCAUUUAAGAAAGGUAUGUCAGUUGAAUUUAUUACUGAUCUAAAGGUUAAGGACAAUAUUAUUUAUGUUCUGCAAUCUGAAUUUGACGUUAGAUACUAUAAUGUAUUUAGUCAAGAUAUAAUUGAAAAUUUUAUUGGUAAAAGAAUAUCAGUGUUCCUUAUAAAUCAACAACUUUUAUUAAAGGAAUAUUUAAUAAACAAACUAAAAGGAGGCCACUUUUUAUUAACGAAUAAAGAAAUGAUUUUCAUUGUUGAUCCAUAUGAAAAGAAAUUGAUUGCAUUACCGCAAAAGAAUAUGUUUAGGAAUGGUUAUCUUAGAUGUUAUCGUUUCAUUCGAAAUGAAAUAAUAUUCUGUAUUCAAAACUUAUCAAAUAUGAAUAAAUUAACUUUUAAAUAUUUUCCAUUAUAA